AUGAAGGAUAUGUGCAAUGCAGUGCAGGGGUUGAAGCCAACGCUGCUAAUGGUGGUGGUGCAGAUAUCAUUUGCUGGGAUGAAUGUGCUCUACAAGCUUGCCGUUAACGAUGGCAUGAACUUGAGGAUUGUUGUUGCGUACCGCUUUAUAUUCGCAACUGCUUUCAUAGCUCCACUUGCUCUCAUUGUUGAAAGAAAGAAGAGGGCAAAGAUGACAUGGACGAUACUGUUUCAGUCAUUUCUGAGCGGAUUAUUUGGAGGAGUAUUAUCUCAAAACCUCUACUUAGAGGCCUUGCUUUUAACUUCUGCAACGUUUGCAUCCGCCAUGUCCAAUCUUACACCAGCCAUUACCUUUAUCAUGGCCGUUUCCUUUGGUUUGGAAAGAUUAAAUUUGAGAACAAAAGCAGGGAAGGCCAAGAUACUGGGCACACUAACAGGAAUUGGUGGGGCAAUGGUACUGACUUUCGUUAAAGGUGUGGAAAUCAAGAUGGGGUCCUUCCACGUAAACCAUUUGCAUCACCAAAACGGUGCGUAUCAUCACACUAGUGUUGGUACAGGUAAGACCGUCUUGGGUGCUCUAUUCGUCCUGGCCAGUGGCAUCUCUUAUUCUUUGUGGCUCAUCAUUCAGGCAAAGAUGAGUAAAACUUACCCGAGUCAUUACUCAAGCACCGCGUUGAUGUCUCUAUGGGGAUCACUGUUAUCAACUGUGUUUGCUCUUUGCCUUGAGAGGGAUUGGAAUCAGUGGAGGUUGGGUUGGAAUGUUAGGCUUCUAACUGUAGCUUUUUCGGGUAUAGUGGUUUCUGGAGUGAUGGGGGCAGUGAUUUCAUGGUGUAUACUCAUGAGAGGCCCAUUGUUUGCCUCUGCUUUUAGCCCUUUAGUGCUUGUGAUUGUGGCCUUGGCUGGUUCCAUGAUGUUGAACGAGCAGCUACAUCUCGGAUGCAUCAUUGGAGCAGUGUUGAUUGUGUGUGGCUUAUACGUGGUUCUAUGGGGUAAAAGCAAAGAGAUGCAGAAGAAGAAUCAAUUAGUGCCAUCACAUAGCCCCCAUGAAUCUAAUACAGUCGAAAUAUUUAUUAGGUCUUCAGUAGAAAAUAAAAGCAACCAUAAUAACAACAAUACCCACGAUAAUGCUGCAAAUGUGGUGAGGGAUAAUGAAGAUUUAUCAGCAGAUAAUGGACAAGAAGAGCAUUGUGCACAUGUACACAAUUAG